AUGGCCAUAAACCUAGCCAAAUUUCUCAUACUGUUUUUCACUAUUUCGAUCUGCAACGCCGUCACGAAUCCAAGUCCGAUUUCCGAUUCUCACUGUUCCGCUGCUUUACAACUCUUCGAUGGUUCCUCUUCAAGUUUAGAAGAAGCCUGUGAUGCUCUAAGAGUAUUUGAGUUUCUUGCGCUUGAGAAUAAGCCUAAUGUGAGCAUAACCACUUGUCGGAAGGUAGUGGAAAAUCUCGGGUCGUCGUCCUCUCUCAAGGAUUUGUUCUAUGCCUUAAAGGUCAAUGGCAUUUUAAAAUGCAAGGUUGAUAAGGGUGUUUUCCAGGUUGACAAACAAGAAUUUGGAUUGAAACCAAUGAAUUGCCCAGGACACUGCUUGAUGUUUAAACACAGAGUUCGUUCAUAUAGAGAACUUCCUCUUCAUUUUGCUGAUUUUGGGGUUUUGCAUCGAAAUGAGGCCAGUGGUGCCCUAAGUGGAUUAACACGUGUUAGGAGAUUUCAGCAGGAUGAUGCACAUAUUUUCUGCAGGGAGUCCCAGGUUAAAGAUGAAGUGAGAAAAGCCUUGGACUUCAUUGAUUAUGUCUAUCAAAUAUUUGGUUUCACAUAUGAACUGAAACUUUCAACGAGGCCAGAGAAUAAGCUUGGAGAUGAUGAAACGUGGGAUAGGGCUGAAAGUGCUCUCAAGGAGGCUUUGGAUGAGUUUGGCAAGCCAUGGCAGUUGAAUGAAGGGGAUGGUGCAUUCUAUGGACCAAAGAUAGAUAUCAGUGUAUCUGAUGCAUUGAGUAGGAAAUUCCAGUGUGCAACUCUACAGGUUUACACUCUUUGGCUUGACUUGCAUUCACAUGAAAGUAUUUGGAAAAGAAAAGCAUGGAAUGUUCGUAGUAUGGGACUUGGAGUUACACCAUCUCAAAUUAAUAGAUCUACGAGAUCGACAUCUUCUUCUGCAGAAAGUGAACAAAUAAAGGAAAUGCAAGAAGAAAUUAAUGCACUUAAAGAAAAGAAUUCAAAAAUUGAUGAAUUAACACAGGCAAUCAUAUUCUUAACGCAAAGGGACAAGGCGAGGACAAAGGAAAUUGAACUCUUAAUGCAAACGCAGAAUUUUAGUGGAAGACAGGGAUUGGAAUCACCCACUGAUGGUAGACGUUCAUCUGAGUCUAGCUUUCGUAUUGGAGAUAAUGGAACUUCAGGGGGGACAAAUUAG